UCUAGGCGGAUCGGGAUCCUCCCCUGCCGACUCUUGGGCUGUGCCUUGGCCACCUGUGGGCCCUGAACCUAACCCCUUCCCUUUAGAUCAGGAUUCGGGCUCCUCCCCACAGGAUCUUCAUCCGCUACUUCUUCCCAGUACUUGGAAUCUGACUCAUUCUCCCUAAUUCCAUUGAUCCUGCUCCUUAUAACCCAUAUUCAGACCCCAAAACAUGGGCUGAUUCCUGCCUCCUUACCAAGGGUCCAGGAUACCUCCCCAAGGGUCCCCAGCCUGGGAAAAGAUGGCCCCGCAACCCCCGAGGGGCCUGGUUCCAGGUCUGGUUUGGGGCCUGAGCCUCUUCUUCAGCCUCCCAGGUCCAGUUUGGCUCCAGCCCUCUGCUGUUCCCCAGUCUUCGCCGCCAACUGAGCCCCACCCGUGUCAUACAUGUCGGGGACUGGUCGACAGCUUCAAUAAGGGCUUGGAGAGAACCAUCCGGGACAACUUUGGAGGUGGAAAUACUGCCUGGGAGGAAGAGAAGUUGUCCAAAUACAAAGACAGUGAGACCCGCCUGGUAGAGGUGCUUGAGAACGUGUGCAGCAAGUCAGACUUCGAGUGCCACCGCCUACUGGAGCUGAGUGAGGAGCUGGUGGAGAGCUGGUGGUUUCACAAGCAGCAGGAAGCCCCAGACCUCUUCCAGUGGCUCUGCUCAGAUUCCCUGAAGCUCUGCUGCCCUUCAGGAACCUUCGGGCCCUCCUGCCUUCCCUGUCCUGGGGGCGCAGAGAAGCCCUGCGGUGGCUACGGGCAUUGUGAAGGGGAAGGGACUCGAGGGGGCAGCGGGCACUGUGACUGUCAAGCCGGCUAUGGGGGUGAGGCCUGUGGCCAGUGUGGCCUUGGCUACUUUGAGGCGGAGCGCAACGCCAGCCAUCUGGUAUGUUCGGCUUGUUUUGGCCCCUGUGCCCGCUGCUCAGGACCCGAAGAAUCAAACUGUUUACAGUGCAAGAAGGGCUGGGCCCUGCAUCACCUCAAGUGUGUAGAUAUUGAUGAGUGUGGCACAGAGCGAGCCAACUGCGGAGCUGAUCAAUUCUGCGUGAACACAGAGGGCUCCUACGAGUGCCGAGACUGUGCCAAGGCCUGCCUGGGCUGCAUGGGGGCGGGGCCUGGCCGCUGUAAGAAGUGUAGCCCUGGCUACCAGCAGGUGGGCUCCAAGUGUCUCGAUGUGGACGAGUGUGAGACAGAGGUGUGUCCAGGAGAGAACGAGCGAUGUGAAAACACUGAGGGAAGUUACCGUUGUGUCUGUGCCGAGGGCUACAAACAGAUCGAGGGCAUCUGUGUGAAGGAGCACAUCCCAGAGCCAGCAGGCUUUUUCUCAGAGAUGACGGAGGAUGAGCUGGUGGUGCUGCAGCAAAUGUUCUUUGGUGUUAUCAUCUGUGCACUGGCCACACUGGCUGCCAAGGGUGACUUGGUCUUCACCGCCAUCUUCAUUGGGGCUGUGGCGGCCAUGACCGGCUACUGGUUGUCAGAGCGCAGUGACCGAGUGCUGGAAGGUUUCAUCAAGGGCAGAUAAUCUCUGCCACACUUCUAGGAUCUCCUACCACCCAGGUUGCCUCAAGAAGUCAGGCAUCUCUCCUGCCUGGACAGCUUGAGGCAGCUUGCUUUAUUUUUGAGAAUGGGAUAAGCAGCCCCUACCCGCCUAGGGAGCAGCCUAGGUACCCAGGCCUGGGCCGGUGAAGCCCCUGGGGUAAGGAAGUAUCCCUAAAUGUGAGUGCCGUAAGAUCUUGGCCUUGUGGGGACCAGGCAGGCUUCACAAUGUGUGUGGAUUUUUAAAAGUGUCUCCUUACAGUGGCUGCUAGUGAGCUUGGCCUCUGCCCAGGAUGAGAGGGGAGGUGGGUCCCUUCAGGGAUGAACCCAUCACAGUCUUCUCCUGCCAGCUGCAUGCUGCCAGCUCCUGUUUGGUAUUCACCCCACCACCCCUCAAUCACUGAUUUAUUUAUUCAUCUCAGGAAAUAAAGAAAGGUCUUGGGAAAUGGAGAAACUUAAAUCUUACUACCUGUUCCUCACCCACAAUGGGCUGGUCUAAGCUACUGAGAGCCCAACCCUACCCUUGGGGAAGUUUUCUCAAACCCUGGGAAAUUGAGGGCUGCCCUGGUGAGGGCGUAGAGGAGAGAGGAGAGGCUUGGCCCUGAAGUAGUGUUUAGGAGAAGGGGGAUGGAGGAUGCGGCCUUCAGAAUGGAACUUUCUGGGUUCAGUACCAGCUGUUAUUUGGGCCAGAGGACCCUGGGCAAAUGACUUUUAUCUCUGAACUUCACUGGCAUGAUAAUGCUUUCCACUCAGGCUUAUUAUGAUAAUUAAAUGUGAUGAAAAUGCAGAGCUGAAGACUGUACAACAAAUAGAUGUUCAAUAAAAUAUUGGUAGCCUUACUUCUAAAGCU